GCCCCGGCUGCAGGCGGGAUGGGCCCUGCCCCCGGCCGAGCCUCCCGGGAGGGGCCGGUGCUGGGGAGCCCCCGCGCCCCGCACUCGCUGCCUCAGUGGUGAAUCAAAAGAGCGGGGAGUCCGGUGGCAGGGCAAAGAGGAACAGAUUGAUUUGGGCAGAAGCUGUGGUGGGUAAAAAGCCCUUUCUUCCCGCCAGGCAUCUGAGGAAGUGGGUACAAAUCUGUUCGCCUUUAAGGUGCCACCGGACUCCUCGUAGUUUCUGUGGCUACGGACGGACACGGCGACCCCCGGCACUCAGUUGUGACUGUAAAAAGCCCUGGCACCCCUUUCAUGACACGCUGAGCUCUGCCGAGGAGGUGCCCACAGGCUAAAGCCCUGCGCUCAGCCUGGCUGGCCAGCUGCUGCUCCGCCCAGAGCUAGGCUCUCAUUCCUCCGGCCGGCCGUGCCUGCCCCCAGCCCGGCGCUGGGUCGCUCCGGAGCCCUGAACCUGCCUGGCUCAGGCAGUAGCGCUCUCCUGGGGCAGCGGACAAGAGCCCAGAGCCUGUGCCGGGGGAGGGAGGGAGGGAGCGCUGUGUGGCAGUCCGGCCUUAGCACAUCAGCCCUAUGCCGAGCUCCUGGAGAGAGCUUCUGCUGAGGGUACAGACGGUGCCACACACCCCCCUUCUGUCCCUUCCCCAGAGGCGGUAGCCUCAUCUCAUCCUCUACCCUCCCCUUGUUUCCUUAACCACCGUUCUUGUUUUGGGGUUUCUGACUGGAGCCAGCCCCCCAGGAGGGCCUGUUCCCCAGGCAGGGCGUGCUGUGCUCCAUCUGCUUCACAAGGAGGGGUGGUGAACCCCUCCUUUAAUAAAAGGAGCAGCCAGCCCCUUUCUGAGCCGUUUAGCAGGGAUCAUGCCCCCACAACAACCCUCAGCGAACUGCGCCUCCUCUUGAUUCCAUCCCCUACCCGCAGUUCUCUUCUCACCCCCAUCCUGCCUGCUUUGCUGCUCUGUGCAUCUGUCUGAGCAUGCGCCUCGGCAUCUCAGCUCCCCGGUACCCUCCAGUGAUUCAAAUGGUGCUUGACUUGAGUAACAUUGUAAGUGACAUGGGCUGGCUGUAUACUACCUCCCAGGAUCCUGCGGUCCACGGAGCUAGAAAUACCCACAAGGAAGAUGCCAAAGACCAAAUGGUGCAGAAAGACCGAUAGACCUGUGGAAUGAAUCCACUUCCUUCUGCUGGGGAGUAAUAUGGUGUUCCUUCUAUCCUGAGUGCUGCUGAAAGGGAUAGCAAGGUAAACAGCUUUCUCUCCAGUCUGCAGCGUACCAUGCUUUGGGGGUGAGCAGCAGAGGUUGAGAUUUAAGAUAGGGAUGAUUGAAUGCCAUGCUUUGCAGGGUCAGGAAGGAACUGUGUCCCUCCUGUGCAGCAGUGCACAAUUGGCCUGGGACGACAUGGGGCUUUUCUUUCGCCUUCCUCUUGGAGCCUCAGGUGCCAGGAUACAGGACAUGAUGGACCUCCUCUGUGGGACGCUUUGCUGCGGAGGUUUAUUUGGGUGGAUGUGAGUGGUGGGUGUCUACAUCUCUCUCUGCUCUCAGUGACAAAGCUUGCUUGCCUCCAGGGCAAGAGAUUGAGCUGAGAUUCCCAAACUUGAGACCUCCAUGAGCCUGUCUCCUGCAUUUCCAGUGGGUCACGUAGCUGGGCACAGCGCAGUGGAUGAUUUACAGCGCAUGCUCUGCCGGUAUCAUUGGAGGCAUCGUGUUGGGCAGGAAGCUGAGAGAACUGAAGGAGCAGCUCCAGGCACUGCAGGACAGCGAGUGCGGCCACACUGAGGCCCUGCACCUGCUCAAACGCCAGCUAGCCGAGACCAAGUCGUCUGCCAAGAGCCUGCGAGCCACCAUUGGGGAGGCCUUUGAGCGGCUGCACCGGCUCCUGCGUGAGCGCCAGAAGGCCAUGCUGGAGGAGCUGGAGGCCGACACCGCCAGGACUCUGACCGACAUCGAGCAGAAGAUCCAGCGCUACAGCCAGCAGCUGCGCAAAGUGCAGGAGGGCAGCCAGAUCCUGCAGGAGCGGCUGGCUGAGAUGGACAGGCAUGCCUUCCUGGCCGGCAUCGCCUCGCUCUCGGAGAGGCUCAAGGGAAAGAUCCAUGAAACAAACCUCACGUAUGAAGACUUUCCUACCUCCAAAUACAUGGGCCCCCUGCAGUACACGAUCUGGAAAUCGCUCUUCCAGGACAUCCAUCCAGUGCCAGAAGCCCUCACGCUGGACCCCGUCACAGCUCACCAGCGUCUCAUCCUGUCGGAUGACUGCACCAUCGUGGCCUACGGCAACUUGCACCCGCAGCCGCUGCAGGAUUCACCCAAGCGCUUUGACGUGGAAGUGUCGGUGCUGGGCUCAGAGGCCUUCGGCAGCGGCGUGCACUACUGGGAGGUCAUCGUCUCAGAGAAGACCCAGUGGAUGAUCGGGCUGGCACACGAGGCUGUCACCCGCAAGGGGAGCAUUCAGAUCCAGCCCAGCCGUGGCUUUUACUGCAUCGUCAUGCACGACGGCAACCAGUACAGCGCCUGCACCCAGCCCUGGACCCGGCUCAAUGUUAAGAGCAAGCUAGAGAAAGUCGGCGUCUUCUUGGACUAUGACAAAGGCCUCCUGAUCUUCUACAAUGCUGAUGACAUGUCGUGGCUGUACACCUUCCGGGAGAAGUUCCCCGGCAAGCUCUGCUCAUACUUUAGUCCUGGCCAGAGCCAUGCCAAUGGCAAGAAUGUGCAGCCACUCCGCAUUAACACCGUCCGGAUCUAGGAGGGAGCAGAGAAGGGAGCCUGGAGCUGUAUAGAGCCUCCUGGCCGGCAGGCUGAGUCCAGAGUCCCUGCUAAGACAGUUCCCACCUACUCCUUUCUGCAGGCUCCAGGGCUGUGCCAUUCCUAGCUCUGACCUCCUGGCAUUAUCCGGGUGCAGGGCUGGGGCUGGGGGGUUGUGGGGAUGGAGGGAGGCCAUGGAACUGUUGGUAUUUCAGUGUGAGAGGAGGCAGCAUUCCUGCCUCCCUGUCUGCGUCAGUUUCCAGACUAACCCAAGGAUUCGGGCUGAGUGUGGACAUCCAGCUAGCUAUCCCUGGCAUGACCCUGGCAUUGCCAUGGGCACUCUGCCAGGAUGGAUGCAGAGCUGCUGCUGAACCACUGCUUGGUAUCUCAGCUCACCUGUGAGCUCCUAGCUGGGUUUGCUCCUACGGACAGAGCAUGAACCAUCCUGCACAGGGCUAGUGACCUGGCAGCAUCUGCACUUCGUAUGUGUUACAUUGGCACUCAGGGGCCCCUGGCACCAAGGGGUCAGGAUCCCGUGCUGCUAGGCCCUCUGCAAAGAAGUGGGUGGCAGCCUCUUCCCCAGAGAGCUGCAGUCUAGGUUUAUGACAAGGUGCAACUAAGGGGGAGAGGGUGGGGAAGGACAAGGGGGAGGGUUAGAUGAGCAUGUUUUGCAUAGUGGGCUGCAGUCUGGGCUUGCCAGCUGGGCUUGCAGUUCCUUUUAGCAGCAGCUGGAGGCUGAGGCAGCCUUGCCCUGUGCCUCCCUGAGAGCAGAGGGCUCAGAUUGCCAGAGGUAAAGUCAUAGAGCCACCAGGUCAUCAAGCCUGACCGCCUGCAUGUCACCGGCACCAGCACCAGCACCAUCCCGCACCCGAGCCUGAAUCCAGCAACUGAAAUGAGACCAAAGGUGCGCAGUCCACAGGAGCCUGGGUUGGCAGUGCCCCAGGCAGAGCACAGGAGGGGCUGAUGGCACGGAAAUGACUGAGGUACACCCAGGUAACCCUGGCAAGUGACCCACACACUGCAGAAGGCAGCAGAACUGCUCCCUCAGCUGAUCCCAGCACAGGGCAUGGGUGUCUGAGCAGGGAUGGGGUGUGCGCAUGACCCCAACGAGGGCCACCCUCCCCCAGGCCAGUUCCCUCUUGUGUGAGGCCCUCUCCCCCAGCUGUCCCCUUCACCAGGUUUGUUGGCUUGGGCAAAAUCUGCCAAGAGGAGCCUGGAUUGGAGUACCCCGGGAGCCAGCCUGGCUCAGCACCCUGAUGGCUGCCUUAGGGGCAGACAUGGCUGGUGCCUGGCCCCAGAUCUGCCAUGGGUAGAGGCCAGCUGAGGUGCAUGACCCUCAGCCCAGCACCGGUGGAGCCUGCUCCGGCACUGUAUGCCACAGUCCUUGUUGAAGCCAGUUUGGCACCAGGGAAUAAUGGUCAGCCGUGAUCAUGGCUUGGUCCUGUGGCAGCUGCCUGUGGUCUUCCCUGCCCAGAGCCCUGUGUGGACAGAACAGUCACUGUACCUGUGUAACCAGGCUGGCUGGUCCUCCUGGCGUCACGGGUAGCGUGACACUGCGGAACACGUUGCUGGUGCUGCUCUGUGUGCAUGCCCCCGGGGCUCUGCCCCGCUCAAGCGUGGUGGGAUAGCAACUCAGGUUUUCCCAGAAUGCACUGCUCCCAACACAUAGGUAGCAGAGCACAGCUCCCUGGUGCUGCAGGUGGGUCAGGUGAGUGCCAGUUACUGAGCACGGUGCACGUGCAGUGUGGGCAGCGCCCCUUGGCGCAGCUUGUUUCCUACGGAGUGGAGUGUUGACCUGCGGGUUGCCAGGACAGAUCUGUGACUGUGACCGUGUACCCGGCUCCUGAGGCAUACGUUCCUCCCUCCACCUCGCUCUGGAACAAGUGCCUUGGCUCUUGUCAGCGAGCGAGGUGUGCUUCAGGUUUCCCCGCACCCUCUCCCGGGUGGAGGUCACCUCUCGGGGGAAUGCCUGCAGCUGCCUGGACUCGGGCAAACGCCUGAGCUGUGCAGUGGGCAAGGGGGCUGGAGGAGAGGAACAAGGGAUGCGAGAGGGGGAUAUCAGAGUAAAGGGUGGGGAUAGGCAAGGUGUGUCAGGAUAGGAUAGGAGCGUGUGAGGCGGGUGACAGCCAAUAAGCAAGGAGUCCAAUUUCCUCUCUCCAGCUGGGGCAGCCUGAGCAGAGCCCCAGGAACCAGCAGCUCCUGGUUCUUUGUGCCAUGGCCUCUCCCCGUGCACGGUGGGGCAGGCAGGUGAUGGGACAGUGCUCAGCCCAGUGCGGCCUGUCAGGCGCUACGCCUCACCCGGGAGGGACGCGCUCACACACUCCCUGGGCAAUGGCAUUUUGCCAGGCGCUGCUAGUGGUACCGAGGCAGCCCGAAGGCGGCAGCCUUGGCAAGUACCCUUGCCAUGGGAGGGGCUGGGAUCGCCUAGCCCGACUGGGUCUCCCCGGAGCAACUGGCACUUUCACAGGCUCCAGACGUUGUGUCCUCCAAAGGCCCAUACCAGGAAGCAUGACAGGCUGGGCUCCUUGUUAACGAUUCGUAGAUAUUUAGGUCAGAAGGGACCAUCAUGAUCAUCUAGUCCGACCUUCUGCACAACGCAGGCCACAGAAUCUCACCCACCGCUCCUGCAAAAGACCUCACACCUAUAUUUGUGCUACUGAAGUCUUCAAAUCGUGGUUUAAAGACUUCAAGGAGCAGAGAAUCCUCCAGCAAGUGACCUGUGCCCCAUGCUACAGAGGAAGGCGAAAAACCUCCCGGGCCUCUUCCAAUCUGCUCUGGAGGAAAAUUCCUUCCCCACCCCAAAUAUGGCGAUCAGCUGAACCCUGAGCAUAUGGGCAAGAUUCACCAGCCAGAUACUACAGAAAAUUCUUUCCUGGGUAACUCAGCUCCCACCCCAUCUAACAUCCCAUCACAGGCCAUUGGACCUAUUUACCAUGAAUAUUUGAUUACCAAAACCAUGUUAUCCCAUCAUAGCAUCUCCUCCACAUGGGGCAGGAGUUAGAGCACGUGACCCGGGUGGCCAACACACAGUGAGUAGUCAGUGUGAUCAGCUCCAGCCGGCCCAGCAGCCAAGGGGGACGGGAAGCGCUCCAGUGCAUACAGGUAGGGACCUUGGCCAGGAAUCUGGAUCGAGUAGCUAACAAUAGAGAGGCUGAGACCUAGACUUUCCUAACAGGGGCUUCUGUUUUGGGGGGCCCCUUGGGCCUGAUAUCCAGGGGCACUGAGCGAACAACACCAGUGCCCAUCAACACCAGCUAGAGCCUGGAAGAACAGGCCAAAAGGGGCUCACAACAGGCACCCAAAAGCAGCUGCUAUGACUGAAGACAUAGGCCUCACAUUGUAGCCAGUUAGUGGUAGCACCUAGCCCAAUUGGCACGAAGCCCAUAGCUGGCCCAGGAGCCAGGGCCACUGGUCUGCACCCAGAGCAGCAGGGAGGCUAGCUGGGGGAAGUCCUGCCACCGGGAGGCGUGGAGCCUGCAGAUUUGCCUUGGGGCUGUGGCAAGCGGUUGAAGGACAGAUCUGGACAGGAGACGUCAAAGCCGGGCCCUGUCUGUGGAGAUCCUCAAGGGGCAGCAGGGAGCUAUGCACAAUGGUGGGGAGCAGGCACAAAGCUGAACAUUGAGGUAGUUCUCUUGAGGCUGCCUGGAGCCCAUCUGGUGCUGGCCUGAUGCCCUUACUCCCGUCUCAGGUCAAAGGCUCUGUGCCUUCAGCAGGAGUGUGUUUGUGACAGGCCCCGGGAAUCAGUUCCAUAAUGGUGAGAACCCUGAGGCAGGGAAAUAGAUCCCCACGGAGUCACCAGGGCUUUGAGAAGGGCAGGAGGCUGAUGAGACUUUCCACUCUACGGUCACUGAUCUCAACGCAUCAGACAACAGAGCAAGAGCAUCACGAUUUGCAGUUACAGCUGGGGAAACUGAGGCACAGAGAGGGGAAGGCACUUGGCCAGAGUCCCACGCAGCUCUGGGACUGAUACCAACAGCAGAUUCCUGGUUCUGGGCCCUGUCACCUCCCCCAGACCCAGGCUGGGCUUGGCUAGGUGCCCCAAGGGGAGAAGUCCAUUGCUGGUGAUGGAUGUCACCAAACCCUCCCCCUCACUGCACCAGGAGGUCAGUGGAAGCACAGGGACCUUGGGCUUGCUGCGGUGCCUUUGUGGGCAAUAGCGCCUUGGCAGGAGUGUCUGAAUGGCAGCCAGGAGGUCCCACGGGCAAUGGGUGCAGAGACAAUGUGGCAACAAGCCGUGUAGGGUGGCAGCCCCACACAUGUGUGGCUCCAGCCCAGCCCACGGCAGCUGGCAUGUGGUGAAUUUCACGUGGCAACAGACUUGCUAAGUCCAGGUUUUGUGAGCACCAAGGAGCCGCUGUCUGCAGGUGUUUGGAGAGGCAAAGGGGGUGUUCCCCACUGCUAUUUCUUGGCUCAGGGACUCCAGGCUGAUCAUGUUGCUUUGUAAAUGAACGAACUUGGGACAUGUCAGGGUCUCUGGUCUGAGCAAGGGGGAGCAGCCAGCUGUGCUCACUCUCUGUACAAGUGUGCGCAGCAGCCUGGUACAUCGCUGCCUUGGGCACAUCUGCUCCGUGCACUGAGGGGAGAAGGGCGUGGACAGGGAUUGCUCUGGUUGUACGAAGAGCCCGUUCUCCCCUUCCAGAGAUCCAGCUGAGACAUGAGCCGCCCACCAUAAGGACUCAAGAUCCAGAGGACACUAGAUGUUGUGACUGGACUCAGGCCCUCCUGUCCUCCUACCCCUGUGAGCUGGAUCACAUGCAGUGUGGUUUGCUUCUUGCCCCUUCGGGGCCAUGUCUUGUCAGCCACCAGGCUCCCUGGAGACUUUCUGUUCAGUGAAUGGCCAACGCUAAUUGCUGCUCUGCAGCCUGGCCUGGCUGCUCACUUGGUGACAGAGAGGGGAAGAAUAAUGCUCCCCCAUUUUACGGCUUCCACUGGAGGUAGCUGAUGAGCAACACUUCCUCCUACCAGGAGUUGGGCUUUCUGCCCUCCAAGGCACCAGCUGGCUAUUCUGUGCUGAGUGCCUGGCUGCAGACUCCCCCACCUGGAGAGCUACUCCCCUCUCUGAGUACUUGCACACAGCCUGGUGGAUGUAGGGGAGCAAAACCCAACAUCACUGGUGACAUGUGGUGUCUCCCCCAUCCUGGCCCAGUUCUUUCUGGGAAAACAGGUCCAGCUUGCAGACCAGACUGAGGACGCUAUUUGGAGGGAGGUGCUGAAACUCAGCCCCAUCCCACUUUGGGGAUGAAUCCUGAAAACUCCUUCUGUGUGUAGGGAGUCCUAUGGGGUGUAGCCCCAUGAGUUUACUCGUCUGAGCAGGUUCAGCCUCUUGGCAAGGAGGCUGCUCUGUUGACAUCACUGAGAAAUCCCGUGGUAUGGACAGGAGCUGCAGGGAGAGAGCUGGUGUGGUGGGGGGACAGCAUCCCUCUGUAGCCUGGCAGGAUGGAGUGUCGCAGGAUAAUGCACCCACGGGCUGUGAUCCUGCAAGGCAAGCUCAGUGCCUGGCGUGAGUCGGCCCUUCCUGGCUUCACCAUCCAAGUGACUCCAGUGACUGCUGGGUGCACUUCCACCUCCACCACCUGCCUGCGUGCUCCGCCAGUGCUGUGGUUUUUCCUUUUGCAGAAGCUGAUGGAUUCUGUAUUUAUUCCUAGUUCCGUAGCACGUAGUCUCUGACUGCUGCAAUAAAGGCAACUUUCUAAAAAAGGUU